UUAGCUCUGAGAGUGUGAAACCGCGUGUGAAAGUGACCAGUGGAGGAGAGUAGGGUAAAGAGCGGUGUUGCUAUUCCUAUUAUAGAGAUUAUUAUUAUCACCAAUACUACUGUUUUUUCAUUGCAUGAUUUUAUUGGUAUGAUAUUUUGUUGGACACGUACCGCUGAGUACUUUUUGGUCGCAUAGGGUGUUUUAUACAUGUCAAACAUUGCCCCGAGCUGAUCGUUAAUUGGGGGCACAGUCGCAAUUAACUUUUGAUGAUUCAAUUGCGUGCGAUUCUGGAUGGGUUUUGGACUUCUGUCGGAGUAGUUUUUGUUUGUUUUGGUCGUGCGCUCCUUCGCUAGGCUUCUUUUGCUGGAUAUUGCUAUCCGGAGCCAACAUCAUCACAUUGACAGAAAAUACAUUUCAGUGGAGUUUUCUCUUUUUUAUAUUUCUCUGUUUUUGGUUGUUCGUCUGGUGAUUUAUUUUUUUUCCCCGUCGUUUGAUUGUAUUUCUGUCUCUCCGGUGGAAUACCAAAAGCAAUCGAGAAAUAGCUCGCAGUUGGAUCCGAGUUAGGUAAUUACAGAGCAGCGGCGGUGGAAGCGCCUGUUUUUGUUCUGGGGAGACACCGAGCACAGGAGAACGACGGGGGGUCGGCCAUCGGUGCUUCUUUUGCGGCCCCUUUUCAUCGGGGACGGUCCAGGAUGAAUUUAUCCUAAUCUCGAGCUUUCCUUUCGGCGAUUCCGAGUUCUUCCUGAAACAAGCUUAAAACGUAAACAAGCGAGACUUUAAGAUUCCCGAAGGAGCUUCAACGAUGUUUCCCCAAAGCAGGCACCCGACCCCGCAUCAGGCUCCUGGGCAACCGUUUAAGUUCACAAUCCCGGAGUCCUUGGAUCGGAUAAAGGAGGAAUUUCAGUUUCUACAGGCCCAGUAUCACAGCCUGAAGCUGGAGUGUGAAAAACUGGCCAGCGAGAAGACGGAGAUGCAGAGACACUACGUCAUGUACUAUGAAAUGUCUUACGGGCUGAACAUUGAAAUGCACAAACAGACGGAGAUUGCCAAAAGGCUAAACACAAUCUGUGCACAAGUCAUCCCCUUCCUCUCUCAGGAGCACCAGCAGCAGGUGGCUCAGGCCGUGGAGCGCGCCAAACAGGUGACCAUGGCCGAGCUCAAUGCCAUCAUCGGGGUACGUGGACUUCCUGGUCUGCCUCCUACACAGCAGCACCUCUCGCAUGGCCACGGCCCCCCCGUGCCACUGACCCCCCACCCUGCCGGACUGCACCCAGCUGGCCUACCUCACCUGGGGGGCAGCGCCAGCUUGCUCGCCCUGUCCAGUGCCCUUGGGGCCCCGCCCCACCUGCCUGUCAAGGAAGACAAGAAGAGCAGCCACGAGUCGGACCACCACAGAGAGAGGGAGCCGAGCACGAGUAACUCGCUGCUGGUGCCAGACAGCUUGCGGAAUUCCGACAAACGGAGAAACGGACCUGAGUUCUCGGACCCAAAGAAGAGGAAGGUGGAUGACAAGGACUCCAGCCAUUACGACAGUGAUGGAGAAAAGAGCGAUGACAACCUUGUGGUGGAUGUCUCCAAUGAGGACCCCGUGUCGCCACGCGGGACGCCCGUGCCCUCGCCCAGGGAGAACGGCCUGGACAAAACACGUCUCCUGAAGAAGGACGCUUCGAGUAGCCCCGCCUCCACCGCCUCGUCUGCCAGCUCCUCCUCCCUGAAGUCCAAAGAGCUGGGCCUGCACGAGAAAGCUAGCACGCCUGUGCUGAAGUCCAACACACCUACCCCACGGGGCGACGCCACCCCCGGGACCAGUGCAGCGCCUGGGCUGAGGCCCAGCCUCUCCAAGCCUCCCUCGCUGGAGCUGCCCCAUCCACCCACAGGCCUGCGGACCCCUCUGGCGGUGCCGGGACCGUACCCGGGCCCGUUCGGGAUGGUGGCACCCCACGCCGGCAUGAACGGGGACCUGACCAGCCCGGGGGCCGCCUACGCCGGCCUGCACAGCAUCCCGCCGCAGAUGAGCGCGGCGGCGGCCGCGGCGGCUGUAGCGGCAUACAGCCGCUCCCCCAUGGUUGGCUUCGACCCACAUUCUCACAUGCGAGUAUCUGGGAUUCCUCCCAAUCUGUCUGGCAUCCCAGGAGGAAAACCGGCCUACUCCUUCCACGUGAGCGCCGACGGGCAGAUGCAGCCCGUGCCCUUCCCCCCCGACGCCCUGAUUGGCCCAGGCAUCCCACGGCACGCCCGCCAGAUCAACACGCUGAGCCACGGCGAGGUGGUGUGCGCCGUCACCAUCAGCAACCCCACCCGGCACGUCUACACGGGCGGCAAGGGCUGCGUCAAGGUCUGGGACAUCAGUCACCCUGGCAACAAGAGCCCCGUAUCCCAGCUCGACUGCCUGAACAGGGAUAACUACAUCCGCUCCUGUAAGCUCCUUCCCGACGGCUGCACCCUGAUCGUGGGCGGCGAGGCCAGCACCCUGUCCAUCUGGGACCUGGCCGCCCCCACCCCGCGCAUCAAGGCGGAGCUCACGUCCUCGGCCCCCGCCUGCUACGCCUUGGCCAUCAGCCCCGACUCCAAAGUCUGCUUCUCCUGCUGCAGCGACGGCAACAUCGCCGUGUGGGACCUGCACAACCAGACCCUGGUCAGGCAGUUCCAGGGCCACACGGACGGAGCCAGCUGCAUUGACAUUUCCAACGACGGCACCAAGCUGUGGACGGGGGGCCUGGACAACACGGUGCGCUCCUGGGACCUGAGGGAGGGCCGGCAGCUCCAGCAGCACGACUUCACCUCCCAGAUCUUCUCCCUGGGCUACUGUCCCACUGGCGAGUGGCUGGCCGUGGGCAUGGAGAGCAGCAACGUGGAGGUCCUGCACGUCACCAAGCCGGACAAAUACCAGCUGCACCUGCACGAGAGCUGCGUGCUCUCUCUGCAGUUCGCUUACUGCGGUAAAUGGUUUGUUAGCACUGGGAAGGACAACCUCCUUAAUGCCUGGAGGACACCGUAUGGAGCCAGUAUAUUCCAGUCCAAGGAGUCGUCCUCCGUGCUGAGCUGUGACAUCUCUGUCGAUGACAAAUACAUCGUCACAGGUUCCGGGGACAAGAAAGCCACAGUCUAUGAAGUUAUCUACUGAAUACCAAAGUUCUCUCCUCACCUGCCCUUUUUUUUUUUGUAAAUGUCUGAUUUCUCAGACGGCUCUGCUUGUCCCUUUCCCCCCCGGGGACUCUGCGGCAGAGGCCGAUGCGGGGAUGGAAACUCUGAGGGGGGAUUCGGACCCACGGCACAGGAGUUUCUUCAGGAUGUUUAUGCCGAAAGAGGGGCUGCUAUACCAUCAAGCCCUCUUGCCCUGGCCCUAAGUGACCUCUGACCUCCUGUGACUUGUCCCAUCCAUUUGUACCCUCUUGUUUUGGUGGUCUAGCAGAUGUACAAAUUGUAAAUAUUCGGUUUAUUACAGCAAAUGCUUUAGUUACUGCAGGAAUGUUUGGUAUACGUCUUAAAGAAUAACCUAGUAAGGGUAACUCUUGAUCUAAAUGCUAUCUAAUAUAAUUUGAGGGAUUCGUCCACACAGGAAAUGUUUUUCUAACAAUGUUUCACACUCGUUUUCAGAAAUUUUGACUAUGUUCAAGGUGUUUUCGCCUGUCUGGGUGUUGCUAUGGUAAUACGGGGCAGUGACCUGGUGACUUGCAGCUCUGUGAUGAAGCCUUGUGUAUACGCCUGGCGCCGUGGCCCCCACAGGCCCCCGCUGUGCUGAUAGAGCAGCCCCGGGCCCUCAGCCGUGGCAUGGACAGCAUCGGCCCAUGGGGUUUCGUAACACAGAUACAAAACGGGUAGUGAGGUCCAGGUUUUGUAUUAUCCCAAGAACGUUGUCUCCGAAUGUGAUGUAUUAAAGUACAAAUGUUUAAAAAAAAAAAAAAAAAAAAACUUGUCACAUGUAUUUCAUUACAGAAAAGGAUGGUCUUCCAUGACUACUGGAUUUUACUGGAGGGUUUGAGAAGUAAAUACAUCACUGGGUGUAGAAACAAGCUAACCGAAAUGACAGUAGACUGUGCCAACGCACUGUACCAUUCCUUGUGUGAAAGUAUCUGUUUAUUUGUACAGAUUACAGAGGAAACCAUAAAAAAAAUUCCUCCGCAUGGAAUAACUU